ACUUAUACAGGUUUAUACACCAGGCCUACUGGUCUCCUAGAACUACAAAACACCCAAGAUCUUAGUAGGCAUAAUUAUGUCUAGUUUUUGGGAUCAAUCGGAAUUGCAUAAUCAAUAUUUUGCAAGUUUUGCUGCCUCAUUGGGUGGCCUAGCAGUUGGAGCCUCGGUCGGUUGGUCGUCGCCGGCUCAAGAAUUUCUUGCGACGAAGUCUUUUCUUGAAUUUAGCUGGAUUAGUGGAGCUCUUUGGCUGGGCUUUGCUCUACCCGUUGGCCUACUCGCCCAUCAUUACGGACGUAAGCUGAUCCUGCUUUUGAUUGUCGGUCUAUUAAAUCUCGGUGGCUGGGCUCUUUUAAUUUGCAUUCCGGAUAUUUAUUACCUGAUUUUGGCUAGAUUUUUCCAUGGUUUGGCUGCUGGAACGUAUUUCAUUGUGACGCCAUUGUAUAUUAUGGAAAUUGCUAAAAAGGAUACCUUUCAAAUCGCUGGUCGUUGUCUACAUGAAGUCCUCUAUGCCAUUGGUAUACUCUUUGCCUUUGGGUUGGGUAACUUUCGUAAUUAUGAUAUCCUAUGCUAUGGCUGUGCUCUCUUACCAGUGCUCUUCCUGCUCUUUUUCAUAUGGAUGCCUGAGACUCCGGUUUAUUAUUUGUCCUAUGGUAAUGUAGAAAAAGCGGAUGAAUCAAUGCAAUGGCUACGCGGCAAUAGCUAUAAUACGACGCUAGAGUUGACCAAUUUGAAAAGGGAAAUCGAGCAACAGCGAACUAAUUCUCAAGGCAUAAUCCAAGCGCUUAAACAUUGGCGCACUCUAAAGUUUCUAAUCAUUGGCAUUGUACUUGUAUUUCUGCAACAUUUUACUGGAUCCACCGCUAUCAUAUCGUAUGCUAAUUUCUUAUUUCGGGAAACUGGAGCCACAGAGUUCGAUGCUCUAUUGUCCUGCAUGUGCUUUGGCCUUUCCAUGUUGUUGGGUAUACUAAUUGCCAUUGGCCUGCUAAAAGUGAUGGAACCACGUGUUAUUUUGAUCCUGUCCUGCAUCUUAGUCCUGAUGCUAACUGCUGCUGUGGGUGUCCAUUGCAAGUUGCGUAGAAUUGGAGAUCCUUUUCUUGGACACGUUACCUGGUUAUCGGUUGUCGGCCUUUGUUUCUAUAUAUUGUCACGGGCCCUCGGCUUGGGCACUUUAAUCUAUUAUCUCAUGUCCAAAUUGCUAAGACCUGAAAUAAGAAGUCUUGGUUUUGGCCUUAUCUAUUCGAUGAGUGGAAUCUUUGGCUUUGUCAAUGUGAAAUUCUUCCCCAAUUUCUUAAUGGCUUGGGGUCAACCAAUUUUAUUUUUCUUCUACACUGGCAUUGGAGGAUUGGGAUUACUUUUUAUAUACAUUAUGCUACCGGAAAUCAGAAAUAGGACAGUAAUGGAAAUGCAAAUGGAUAAAUCAACUGUUCAAGAUCCUCUUGGAGAACCUGUAGUCACAGUAAAGAAGAAAUAAUUACAACAUCUUUAACUAAAA